AGCCCCGCCAGCUGCAGCCAUGUUGGAAGAGGCUCCAGCAGCAGCAGCAGCAGCAGUGCUAACAGCUCGCGUCAGUGGACGCCGACCACCGGGCACGGCGCUGUUGUGGACAAAAACAGACAGGGAGAGGGACUCAUAACGGAGAGGUACAGCCACCAAGCCGGCUCUGAUAUUAACGGGUAUAUAUAUAAAAAAUUAAAACUUACUGGCUGGAAGAGGGGGCCGGUUGCGGGGAGUAGUUGCGGUCGGGCUCCCGGUCUAAAGCGGAUAUUUCCAGAAUAUCAUACUACGCUGAAUCCACAGUCAGCUGAAACCCGUCACUGUAGUGAUGAUGACUCAACAAAGCCUGCAGGGAUAUCCAGGACGUAUCACACAGGAAGCAGUAGAGUGUGUUUGUAUCGCACAAGGAUAAGAGGUGUGAAGACGAAGCUGCAGUAGAAAGGUGGAGAAUAUGACGCCCAGUUAGCCCCAGCAGGAGCACCUGAGUCGGCCAUGGCGUCGUCGUCCUACUUGGAGUCCAACCACAAUCACUCCUCAUCGGGUGGUUGUGGGGUUAAAUCCCGGUCUGGCAUCCCCGGUGGUACCAGUGUUGGUACCAGCAGCUCUGCAGGAGGCCUUGAGCGCCCCCUGGGCUCCAUGGACCGGAUUCUGAAGAUCUUCCAUUACUUUGAGACAAACAGUGAACCAUGUACCUGGGCUAGUAAUAUCAGGCAUGGAGAUGCCACAGAUGUCAGGGGUGUUAUACAGAAGAUAGCAGAAAUCCACAAGUUGCGCUGUGUGUCCUCUCUGGGUCUCCGUCUGACCCAUCUGCACUCUGAUGCACUCCAUUGGUUACACCCUGAUUUGGGCGUGUCCCACGUCAGGGAGAGAUAUGAGAAACAGCACCCCCAGGAGGAGUGGAGGUAUGAGUUGCGGAUUCGGUACCUUCCUAAAGGUUACUUGAGCCAUUUCUCUGAAGACAAACCCUCUCUCAACUACCUCUAUCACCAGGUCAAGAGUGACUACAUGCAACAUAUAGCUGAUCAGGUGGAUCAAGAUGUUGCUUUGAAACUGGGCUGUUUGGAAAUUAGGAGGUUCUUCAGAGAGAUGCCAGGAAACGCCCUGGAUAAGAAAUCCAAUUACGAACUACUGGAGAAAGACGUUGGCUUGAGAAGGUUCUUCCCCAAAAGCCUGCUCGACUCGCUCAAGGCGAAGACUCUUCGUAAGCAGAUCCAGCAGACCUUUAAGCAGUUUGCUAACCUCAAUGACGAGCAGAGCAUCCACAAGUUCUUUGAAAUACUCUCUCCCAUCUACCGCUUCGACAAAGAGUGCUUCAAGUGCGCUUUGGGGUCUAGUUGGGUAAUAGCAGUAGAGUUAGCUAUCGGACCAGAGGAAGGAAUCAGCUACCUCACGGAUAAGGGUUUAACGCCAACGCACUUAGCUAACUUUAACCAGGUUCAGUCUAUACAGUACUCCGCUUUGGAAGAGAAGGACAGGAAAGGCAUGCUGCAGCUCAAUGUGGCAGGAGCUCCAGAGCCCCUCACAGUCACCACAGCAUUGCUGACUACGGCAGAAAACAUGGCUGACUUGAUUGACGGUUACUGUCGGCUCGUCUCCUCAGCUACUCACUCCUUUAUUGUCAGAGUCCAAAAAGAGGGGGACAGAGCUCUGCCUUCCAUCCCCAAAGUUUCAAAUCAUGAGAGGCGGAUGGAAAAACGGAUGGACGGAGUACGGGCCAGAGCUGUUUGUGUCUCAGAAACGGACGACUAUGCUGAGAUUAUAGACGAGGAGGACACCUAUACCAUGCCUUCAACACGGGACUAUGAGAUUCAGCGGGAUUGCAUUGAGUUGGGACGCUGCAUAGGUGAGGGUCAGUUUGGAGACGUCCACCAAGGAGUCUACAUCAGCUCGGAAAACCCAGCCCUGUCUGUGGCAGUGAAGACUUGUAAGAACUCAACGUCAGACAGCGUUAGGGAAAAGUUUCUCCAAGAAGCAUUGACCAUGCGUCAGUUUGAUCACCCCCACAUUGUGAAGUUGAUGGGAGUCAUCACUGAGAAUCCAGUCUGGAUCAUCAUGGAGCUCUGCACACUCGGAGAGUUACGGUCAUUUCUCCAGGUGAGGAAGUACAGUCUGGACUUGGCCAGUCUCAUCUUGUACUCAUACCAGCUCAGCACAGCACUGGCAUAUCUGGAGAGCAAGCGAUUUGUACACAGGGACAUUGCAGCGCGGAACGUGUUGGUGUCCACAGUCGACUGUGUAAAGCUGGGGGACUUUGGUUUGUCACGAUACAUGGAAGAUAGCUCUUAUUACAAAGCAUCUAAGGGUAAACUGCCUAUUAAAUGGAUGGCUCCAGAAUCCAUCAACUUCAGACGAUUUACCACAGCUAGUGACGUCUGGAUGUUUGGCGUCUGUAUGUGGGAGAUACUAAUGUUCGGCAUCAAGCCUUUCCAGGGUGUGAAGAACAAUGAUGUCAUCGGCAGGAUAGAGAACGGCGAGCGGCUGGCUAUGCCCCCUCAGUGCCCUCCUACACUCUACAGCUUGAUGACAAAGUGUUGGUCGUAUGAUCCCAGCAAGAGGCCACGCUUCACUGAACUCAAAACACAACUGAGCACUAUAUUAGAGGAGGAGAAGCUCCAGCAGAAGGAGAGGAGCAGGAUGGAGAUGAGGAGACAGGUCACAGUUUCUUGGGACUCCGGAGGGUCUGACGACGCACCACCAAAGCCCAGCUGUCGUCCCUCCCUGCAGCCCACCUUCAGUCUGGAUUAUCUGUCUGCUCCUUCUCCCCACCACUAUUGCCAUCCAAACCAGCGCUUUGCCUCACAGCUUUCCCUCUGCCUUGGAAACCCUCAUCCUUCAUCUCCUUGCACCUCUUCUCACCACCCACUCCUCCCACUUCCCACUCCUCCAUUCUACUCGUCAUUUCCCCUUCACUUUUCCUCCUCUCCUGACCCUCCGUCCCAGUCACCUCCUCUUCAAAACACCACUUACCACAGUCACUCAGUCUCUGAGCACAACACCAAAUUGAAUCCUGAAUCAAGAGCUCAUUCCAGCUUGUUGCUACAAUCUCAUGCUUACUUCUGUUCUUUGCCUGACACCACUUCAGAUAGUCUGUCCAAUGGCAGCUGCCCCCAAAAGACAAAUCCCCUUAAUCCCCUGCUCUGUUCAUCCCAGCCAAAGUCAUACAACUCACACUCCCAUCCCAGGCACUUCUCCCCUCUUCUUUCCCCAUCCAGUCCUAAACUUAACUCUCUGCCCCGCUGUGUAUCAAAUGAUUGUCCCCACACCCUCCAAAACAUCCAGCCCAAGCCAAAUUCUUAUCUUGAUACCCUGCUGUUGCCCAGCUUUCACCCUGGCUGCCACACUAAUCCCAGUACCCCACUACAACCGGACUCUGACCCCCAGCAACAACUCCCUCCUGGGCAGUCAUGUGGGGGACCCCCGCUGGUCUCUCCUACCCCCCUCAGUCUUCCACACUCAGAAAGAAACUUCCCAGUACCCUGUACUUGCACUCUGUCUUCCACUAACCCCCAUCCAUCCAGUCGAACACCAGGUCUCCCUGUAACUACACUCACGCCCUUUCCCAUCCCCUGUUCUGAAAGAGCCCUGUCCAGACCCUUGAAGCCAAGUAGACCAGGCUAUCCCAGUCCUCGCUCGAGUGAAGGUUUUUACCCCAAUACCCAACAUCCUGGACACUACCAGAUGGCAGGGUACCCCGGCCCUCACACCCUCCCCUCGGUGCCCAGCGCCCUGUACCCCCCACAGGCUGCCAUGCUGGACACACAUCAUGCGCACACACAUCCCCGCCACCACGUCCACACACACUCGCACGCACAGCUUCUUCCUCAGCCACAUGGACACGACAUGGCACUAUGGGGCUCUGCGAUGGAGGACAGGGCAGUAGACAUGCAGCAGUGUGUAGGCCAGCAAUGCCUGUUAAUGGAGGAACAGCUGAUGAUACAACAACAGCAGAUGGAGGAGGACCAGAGGUGGCUGGAGGAGGAGGAAAGGCUGCUGAAACCAGACUCUAGAAGCUCUAGAGGGAGUCUGGACAGAGAAGAAGGUGGACUCCAACCACCGACAGGAAACCAGCACAUUUACCAACCCGUUGGCAAAACAGAGCACGCAGCACCCCCAAAGAAACCCCCUCGGCCCGGGGCCCAGAGCCAAGUGGGCAGUCUGGCAUGUCUAAAUACUGGAGACAGUUACAACGAUGGAGUCAAGCCCUGGCGGCUACAGCCCCAAGAGAUAAGCCCGCCGCCCACCGCCAAUCUGGACCGCUCCAAUGAUAAGGUGUACGAGAACGUGACAGGAUUGGUCAAAGCUGUGAUCGAGAUGUCUAGCAAGAUUCAGCCAGCUCCUCCAGAGGAAUACGUUCCCAUGGUCAAGGAUGUGGGUCUGGCACUGAGGACGUUAUUGGCCACAGUGGAUGAGACUCUACCACAGCUUCCAGCCAGUACACACAGAGAGAUCGAGAUGGCACAAAAACUUUUAAACUCUGACUUGGCAGAGCUGAUUGGGAAGAUGAAGUUAGCCCAACAAUAUGUGAUGACCAGUCUCCAGCAGGAUUAUAAGAAGCAGAUGUUGACAGCGGCUCACGCUCUUGCAGUUGACGCCAAGAACUUGCUGGAUGUCAUCGACCAGUCACGGCUCAAGAUGAUGACCCACUCCCGCCCACACUAGCCCCGUGUCAGCCGAGCAGCGGGGAUCUAAAGACUACUGGAUUAAUGACGUCAAUCACGAUAUGGGAGAGCUCCUGGAGCUGACUGCUUUACAUCAACAAUGGCUCUGAUAAUUUGACAGUCCGUGAAGAAUCAAUAGAUGUUGGACCCUGUGUAAGCUGAGGUCGUCAGAUCAUCAGAUCAUCUGGGAUUAAACUCUCCACCACUGUGACUUUCUUAACACAAGAACAGAGCAGAAACACUUCCUGAAUCAGGGACUUGGCAGCUUCAAGUAAUGAUGAGAGGAGGAAAAGUGAAGAGGGGUGACUGUGUGCGCCUGGGGAUCUGGACCUGAGAUGAGCCUGAUUCCUGGGGUCCCAGGUUUAAAAACCUGACAAACACUAUCAUGGGCGCAAUUUGGUCUGGAACCGCUAAUAUCUGGUGGAUUAUUCUUAGUGGAAUAAAACUCUCAAGCAAAGCCUUUAGAACCUGAUGGGACUGCAUUUGAUCUGCGAUAUAUCUGCAUGAAUUGCCCCCUGUGGGAAUGGACUUGUCAGUGCAUUUGUUGAUUUCAUGUGUUUUGACCCCUGGAUGUGAACUUUCUCCUCAGCUGAAAUACCUCCACGUAACCAUGGCUUUGUUUGAAUGGGCAGAUCAAACCAGAUGUUUCCAGCUGCAAUGCUUUCAGUGGAUGCUUCGACAAAGAUAUUCACAGUCUCAGUUUGGUUCGGAGAAACAGCCUCCUACCUUCAAUUGCUCCUCCCGUUUCUCUCUUCCAUCCAUUUCCGGCUUCCCUCCGUCUCACCAGGUUUUAUUUAUAGACUCAGAAAUUGCAGAGGAGGAGACGGAGGGAGAGACGGGAAAAAGAUAUUAAAACUUGAGUACAGUCUAGCGUCUGUCUACUGUCUAAAGAAAGAACACACUAUCCUACUCUUUCAUCUGUGUUUCACUCACUUUUCUUUGCUUUUGUCCUAACUGUUCCUCUCCUUCCUGAUGUCUUCCUCAGCUCGUCUCUGUGCAGGUUUUAAAGACUCCAAAUGUGAAGAAUCCAAAUCUGUUUGGGUAAACGGCGCAGACAGGAAACUCCCUCCUCGCACUCAGUUUAGUUUACUCUUUUUUUAUCGGCUGGCUCCAUGUUUUUUUGUGUUGUUUUCACAGUCUUCUUCCUCUAAACUGAUAUUCUAUCCCAGCAUUGACUCUGAUGAGCAAAAAUGGAAAAAGGAAAAAAAACAAAGUGAAUUUUGAGGAUCCAGUCUGAGUGACUGGAUACUUCCUAUAUGUCAAGGAGGACAAGGAGGACGUCAUGUCUCAGACUGGUCACUGAGCUUGAUUUAUAACCUAUUUCUGUGGGGACAGCGUCUCCAUGUUUUUUCCUCAUUUACAGUCCCAAUAUUAUUCAGUUGUUCCUCAUAUGAGACUGGUGUCACACCUGUAAUUGUCCCCUCACCCACCUGUGUUUUUACUGGACAUACAAACGAACCUCAAAACUGGAAUCUUUGUGCUUUGAGUCCCAGUUCCUGUCAGGUGUAACUCUUUAAUUAGGUCCCUACUAACAACAGGGAAACAAACACACAUGAAAUGUGGAGCCACAUGACUGGUACUUGUCUUGCAGACACAAAACACUGAACUGAAAAUACAGCAGAUCACGCGUGUCUUUGUUAAUACUGACCCCACAUGGAGUAUGACAUACUUCUAUAUGAAAUACUGUAUACUGGUGACUGUACUGGUAUAGCAUGAUAUACUGGUAUGGAGAAGAGCAUAUUUGCACAGCACCAAAAAAAGUAACUUUUUUAACCCUAUUUCACCCAGAUGGGAUUUCCAUGUUUAGCCAGCAACAACAAUUUCACACUUCUGGGUUUUAUAGGGAUAAAAAUGUAAAAAAAAAAAAACAAACACAAAAAACCCCACAGUCUAUUUUAUCUCCUUGUUGUUGCGUAAAUCUGCUCAUGUUGGUAUAUUGUAAGCUAUACUGGUGUGUAUCACUGGUGAAUUGUACAGAACUCGUAAUAGUAAACACUGGUUUUUAUUUUGUCUUCUGGGCUUAAUCAGCCCAAAAUCUUGUCAAAUAGGAGAGGAAAAAAACAAUGAAAUAAAAUCAUGACGAAAUGGAAAUCAGGCCGUCCACAUUCUUAUCCACGAUGAAGAUACAUCAAUUUAAAUCUCUGGUAUCUGGAGUUACAGAGUUUUUUUUGUUUGUUUGUUUAAUGUUUGUGUGGGGGCUGCCUGCUGGGGUCCGUAUACAUUUUAAUUUGGUUUUAAAAACAUACAGAACACAAAAUGACACUUCAUUAAAAUCCUGCCAGGUGUUACUCCACCUGCCAAGUACUUUCAUCUGUGAGCUAAAUUAUUAUUGUUUUCAAAAGAGUUGCACAGAUUUGAAAAACGUAACAAUGUCAGAAUUUUGUUUUCCUGGUUUAAAGUACUACUGUUGUGUCUGGUAUAUAAAUGAUUUGAGGUUAAUUAUUUUAA